CAAUGACUCGACACAAAAGUUUCUGACUGCCAUUGCACAGCAAAAACAUUAACGAGAAGUACUUUGUCUCGCGUAUAACAAAAAAGUGGAAAUUCGUGUAUUCAAAUAUAUUCAAUCGUAUCGAAAUGGUCACCCAAACUUCGACGGAACCAUCUCCUGCCACUCAGGACGUCGAGAUGGAAAACGUUGAGGACACGGAGGCUGCGAAAAAAGAUGCCGAGCUGCUUACCAUCCAGGAGAUCCGUGAACAGGCUCGGCAGAUUGAUAAAGCGGUGGUCAGCAAGGAACCAAGAUUCAUUCUGCGAGUUCUGAGAUCUUUACCCAACACGAGACGGAAGCUGAGUUUGAUUGUGGUUAGGUCACUUGCCGUGCAACUGUAUCCAGCCGGUUCCGAGAGAGAAGGCAUCAUGGCCUACAUAGAGGAAUUUCCAGAAGGUGCCCAGGAGACUGAAUUACCAAGACCCCGAGCUGCUAUCAAGAGUCCCUUGCCUGAAGUGGAUGCCUAUUUCCAUUUGCUCUUGUUGGUAAGACUAUUGGAUAAGAAUGAGUUGGCUAAGGCCGGGAAAUGUUCGCAAGAUUUAAUGACGAAGAUUUUUGGGCAGAACAGAAGAUCGCUCGAUUUAAUUGCCGCUAAGAGCUACUUUUAUCAUUCGAGGGUGGCAGAGCUGAAUGGUGAUUUGGAGAGCAUCAGAAGUUUCCUGCACUCGAGACUCCGAACCGCAACAUUGCGGAAUGAUUUCGAAGGUCAGGCUGUAUUGAUAAAUUGCUUGUUGAGAAACUAUUUGCACUACUCUUUGUAUGAUCAAGCAGAUAAGUUGGUAAAUAAAUCAGUGUUCCCCGAAACGGCCAGCAACAACGAGUGGGCUCGUUUCUUGUAUUACUUGGGACGCAUUAAGGCAGCCAAGCUGGAUUAUAGCGCAGCGCAUAAACACCUCGUCCAAGCAUUGCGUAAAGCACCACAACAAGCAGCUGUUGGAUUCCGUCAAACAGUUCAAAAGCUGGUUAUUGUCGUUGAGCUUCUUCUCGGAGAUAUACCUGAGCGUCAAAUUUUCCGCCAGUCUGCUUUGCGACGCUCUCUUGGUCCAUACUUCCAGCUCACCCAGGCCGUUCGUCUGGGAAAUCUUCAACGCUUCGGAGAGGUUUUGGAGAAUUUCGGUGACCAGUUCCGCCAGGAUCACACAUUCACCCUUAUCAUACGUCUGCGGCACAACGUAAUCAAAACAGCAAUUCGAUCCAUUGGCCUAUCGUACAGUCGUAUCAGUCCCCAGGACAUCGCCCGCAAGCUGGGAUUAGAUUCGUCAGAAGAUGCGGAAUUCGUUGUUGCGAAAGCAAUUCGAGAUGGCGUCAUCGAAGCAACACUCGAUCCGGAGAAAGGCUACAUGCGCAGCAAGGAAAGCACCGAUAUUUAUUCGACACGUGAGCCUCAACUUGCGUUCCACCAACGUAUCAGCUUCUGUUUGGACCUCCACAACCAAAGUGUGAAAGCAAUGCGGUACCCUCCUAAAUCGUAUGGUAAGGAGCUGGAAAGUGCCGAAGAGAGACGCGAACGUGAACAGCAGGAUCUUGAGUUGGCCAAGGAAAUGGCCGAGGAGGAUGAUGAUGGAUUUUAAAUCAAUACUAUUGUCAACAAAUUUCUAAUGAGGUUUAUACCUAUUGAUACAAUUGUACCCAUAUGCAACCGUUGAAGGAAUCAAUAAAUCAUUCUGUUUUCGGCGAA